AAUUUUAAGAAUAUAAUAUUAGUAUUGUAAUAAAAUAUUCUAAAAAAAUGAUUUUGUUUUGGUAUGUGAAGGAACCAUCAACUAACCCAUCAACCGACCAUAAAAUUAGUUGUCAACUAACAUCCAACCCAUCUAAGUUGGGUCGAUAAUGGUUUUCGAUAUUUACCAAAGUCGAUUUGUUGGAUCGCGUUGGUUUAUUGGUCGAUAAUCAACCAACCCUACCCACAAACAUCCCUAUUUUCGGGUACUUGACACCCUUUGUUUUUUACUUUAACUGUAAUAUGCAUGCAACGUUAAACUUUCACCGUUUCAUGAAAUCAUGCAAGAGAAAAUAUUGGGUGUGUUUGGAAAAUCGGUCUUGAACUUUGGCAAUAAGCUGUGUAUUUUGGAACUUGUUAAGUGAAUAUAAUUAAGUCACGGGGAUAAAUUUGCUCUAGCCAAAAUAGUGGGGUUACUGGUCUUGGUUCCUGAUUAAACCUCACUUACUAACCACUAAUCGUGAUACUGAACCCCGUAUCCCGCACUUACUCACCUAAUUUCUCAACCUCUUUUCUAAACACUUUUAACUUGAAAAAUAUGUUAUAUGCAAGUUUUAAACUCACUAAAUGAAUUAAAUAAAAUUACAUGAUCUAUAUUUACUUUCGCAUCAUAAGUACCUAUGUAACUUAAAUCACAUAUAAUAUCACUUAUAUCAUAUUUAUAAGAAAUUACACAUAAGGUCAUACUUCUCUAAUCAUUCACAUAACACAUCCAAUCUUUCAAUUAGAUUACAUUGUAUGAAAUCGAAAUCCUUGAACUACUUGGGUUCUCAGUUCCACUAAAAAUGCACAUAGGCAAUUUUAUUCACAACUUCUAUCAAACAUGUAUGCUCACAUAAAAGCAAUUAAUAUUUUUCUAAACAUUAUACUAAGUUUUAAAACAAUGAAACGUAUCAGAUUAUAACUCUUUCUUAGAAACAUGAAAGAUGAGACCUAUACUUGUAGUAUUAAAAAAAUGUUAGAAUACAAAAGUAAAAGAAAAUGUAUAAUACAACUAGCCAGAUAGCUAGAAAGAAGAUAGUAACUAUAUCGAAAGAACCACUCUCUUUAUAUAUAGAUGGGAAAAGACAUCCAAUUAAGAAAAAAAAAUGUUCGCUAAGACAUACACAAAUAUACUAACCUAGAUAGACAAGAAUUAUCUAAUCAAAUUGAUUCAUAAUGUAUUAUAAAACUCCUAGAUCUAUUCUAAUACCUCAUCAAGUUGGAAGAACUUGGCAAACAAAAAUUCACGCUUGAGUGACAAAAAAAGGAAUGCAAAAAUAAAAACGAAUAGUAAUUUUGUAGAACACCCCCUCAAUUCAAAGAAACAAACAGUAGACUUCAUUUUAGUUCAGCAGUAGUUAGUCCAGUACUUAUAGGUUGGCAAACAUAUAGUUGUCUAUGCAUAGUCGAUCAAAUGAACAUAUAGCAGUUCUAUCAAACAAAUAGAUUGCAUACUAGCGACAUCCGACAAACAAAAUAGCAGCAUCAAACAUACCGAUUUGAUUGACAAGUAGAGGCAGAACGUAGCAAUUGCCAAAUCAAAAUUAGUUUGCAGAUAGACAACAACAGAGGCCAAACCAAAAGUUAUUCGCAAACAUAAACUAACAGCGAAAAUAGAUAGACAAUUAAUUUUAAGGGUAACAAAUCCCAAUUUGAUUGAUAGACAUAUCUCAAAAUAAAUUGGCGGAAAAAUAGAAGAAUAUGCUUGUUAAACAGAAAACAACGUUACUGUAAAUUCAUAGACGACGACUGUGGUGGUCUUUGGCUCACAAAAAAAUGGAAUAUAGAGAUUGUUUUAUACAAUUACAUAGCUAUAAGAAAGAGAUUUAUCCUCGCAUUAUGGUAUAAUCACGUUACUAAUUGGGGGUGUUCCCGUCAAUGCACUUAAAAUAUUAUCUAAUUUAGUUUAAUCAAAUUGCUCAAGGAACCUAUAUCUAUAUUAUUUUAUCCCAUUGUACUUAUGCCUAUAAAAGAUUGAAAUGAAGGGUCUAGCCAUGUAUCCCUAUUAUUAAAUGUAAUUAUAAAUAAUAUUUAUAUCAGAUUGCCAAUCUAAUAGGUUAUAUGUUGUUGUGAAUGUAUACUACGAAUAAAAUCAUUUUGAGUUUUGGCAUUGAUGAUCAGCUCAUCAUACAUAUGUUCUUAAAAUAAUUAUACUAGGGAUAAUCCGUAAAAAGAAAUUAGUUAUUCAUUAAAGAGUAAAUGGGUCAUAAAAUGAGAAAAUUUCAAUAAAAGUUAUCAUUAAAUAAAUAAAGAUAUACAAUAAUUGUAAAUUAAAAUUUAAGAAGAGUAAAAGAAGAAGAAUAUAAAUUAAUGGUAGAGAAUGAAGGUUGGAAGUCUUUUGGCUAUUUUUAGUGAAUUGAACAUAUAACAUUGAUAUUAAAUGGUGUUGCUUCAUCGUAGUAAAAGCAAUGGUUAAUAGUAAUAUUCUUUCCUCCAGGCCUCAUGUUCCGUAACAGAAAAGGGCAUUUCAUUUGUAAUAUAAACCCCAAUUUCCAUUCUCUCUGAGAAUAUAGCAGAGCCUGUCUCAAAGCGAGCAGCGCUUUAAUAUUCUUGGAGAGGGUCAAAUCAUCAGAUCUUUCUCCAUUACAUAUUAAAUUUAAAAAAAAAAAUUUGAAAAAAAAGAGUGUACGUAAAAAAAAAGGAAAAAAAAGGAAAAAAAAGGAAAAAUGGCAGACAAUCCGAAGAAAAAGAUAGCAAUAGUUUCCGUAUGUUCGUUACUAUUGGUUGCGAUGGUUGUUGCACUAUUCACAACCAGGCAUGGCAAUGGAAACACAGAUGGUGAACAGGAUGUGUCUGCCUCUCAAAAGUCAAUACAAACUCUUUGUCAAAACACAGAUUAUCAAGAAACAUGUGUUAACAGCCUCACCUCCUCCGGUAGUAAUAGCAGCGAUCCUAAAGAGCUCAUUGAAAUUGCUUUCCAGGCUGCAAUCAAGCAAAUCAGGGAUGCUGCUAACAACUCCACUGUUUUCCAUGAAGUUGAGAAGGAUCCGAGAGGGAAAGAAGCACUGGAAAGCUGCCGUGAGCUUGCAGAUCGUGCAAUAAACGAUCUCCAAAGAUCAUUCGACAAAUUCAACAAUUUCGACAUAACAGAUGUUGAAAACAUACUUGCGGAUUUGAAAAUAUGGCUUAGCGGUGCAAUCACUUACCAAGAAACAUGCAUUGAUGGAUUCGAAGAAGUUCCAGGUGAUGCCACUGAGAAAAUGAAAGAGCUUCUAAAAACAGGCAUGGAAAUGACGAGUAAUGGUCUUGCUAUGGUGACCGGUAUAUCGUCUGUUCUUCAGUCUAUUGGUGGUCUUGGUAGCUACACAACUACCAGUCGUCGUCUUCUCUCUAACAACGAUAUUAUUCAAAUCAUUGGAAAUAGUGAUGAUGAAAUGCCAGGAUGGAUUGAUUCAAACAGGCGUAAUCUUCUCCGUUCUUCUAAGAAAAAGAUCAAACCAAAUCUAGUUGUUGCUAAGGAUGGAAGUGGCAACUACACUACUGUUAAUGAAGCUCUAAGGAACAUUGUCAAUAUUAUUGACAAGAAAAACAAUAAAACAUUUGUUCUUUACAUCAAAGAAGGUGUUUAUGAAGAGAAGGUGGUUGUCAACAGCAGCCUAACAAAUUUGAUGUUUUUGGGAGAUGGCCCAACCAAGACCAAGAUUACUGGAAGAUUGAACUUUAUCGAUGGAACCAAUACCUACCAGACAGCCACUGUUGCCAUCCAAGGAGACCACUUCAUUGCCAGGGACAUCGGAUUCGAAAACUCAGCAGGUGCAGAAAAGCAUCAGGCGGUGGCACUGCGUGUUAGCGCGGACAUGGUGAUAUUCUACAACUGCCAAAUGGACGGGUAUCAAGAUACACUAUAUGCACACACAUACCGUCAGUUCUACAGAGACUGUGUGAUCUCAGGCACCAUCGACUUCAUCUUUGGAGACAGUGCAGCCGUAUUCCAAGGAUGCUCAUUGGUUGUAAGAAAGCCAUUGGACAAUCAGGACUGCAUAGUUACAGCACAGGGCAGAAAAGAUCUUCGACAGCCAACCGGACUUGUCCUACAAAACUGCUCUUUCGUACCUGAUCCUGCUUAUUACCCCGUCAGAAACACAAACAAGGCAUACCUAGGCCGACCAUGGAAAGAAUUCUCAAGAACCAUCAUCAUGGAAUCUUACAUCAGCGACUCCUUUCAAGCAGCUGGAUGGCUUCCGUGGUUUGAGGAUUUCGCACUGGACACACUCUUUUACGCAGAAUUCAACAACAGAGGCCCAUCUUCUAACAAAACUGACCGCGUGAAAUGGCACGGUAUUAAAGAAUUGCCUGCUAAGAGGGUUAAGAGAUUCACCGCGGACGAGUUUCUCGAUGGGGAACGUUGGAUUCCACGUACAAAGGUUCCUUACGAUGGUGGGUUCAUAUUCCCACUUCCUAAAAAGGACCCGAACGUUAAAUAUUCUCCACAAGAGCCGGAAGAAACAAAAGAUUUAGGACAAGCUAAAGAUAAAUCUUCAUUUGUGAGAAAAGAUCCACCUCCACCUAGUCCUAAAAAGGACGAUGACGGUGACCAUGAUGAUCAUCAUCGUCAUCAUCACGACUCUCCAAAGUCAUCUCAUAAUGACAGUCCAGCUUCUGUGCCUGUUUCUCAAAUAGCUGCUUCUCCAUGGAUGGAACCAUAUGCACCUGCACCAACAACUAACUUCCAUGCAUCUGCUCCAGCUCUCAGCCCUGCUGCCUCACUACAGCCUAAAGAGAAUUUGUCUUCUUUCCAGAAAAUGUUUUCUGGUAUUUGGUAAUAAUUUCAUUUCAGACAAUGUUUGUUCUUCCUCUCUUUGUAUAGGGUUUCAUAAACACAGCUCCGAACCAAUAAUAAUUUUAGGCUAAAAGUGAUUUUUUUUUUAAUUUUUUUAUCUUCUCUAUGUUAUUUUUUUUUCUUUUUUUUAUUCUGUUGUUCAAUUCAUUUGUGUGAUAGCUUUUCAAUUUGCUUUGAGUGUAUUGUAAACAACAGAAUCAGAUUUUGCCCCUUUUUUUAUUGUUUAAGUUUUAUUGUCUUCUUCGACCUUCGAU